CAAUGGGUAGAAGGGCUUGGAUCCAUCAUACAUAACUUUAGAGCUAACAAUGUCAGUCCAAUGACAUGUCUCAAGAAACACUGGAUGAAGCUGGCCUUUCUAACAAACACAAAUGGGAAAAUUCCAGUUCGGAGCAUUACCAGAACCUUUGCAUCAGGUAAAACAGAAAAAGUGAUCUUUCAGGCGCUUAAGGAAUUAGGUCUUCCCAGUGGAAAGAAUGAUGAAAUUGAGCCUGCAGCAUUUACUUAUGAGAAAUUUUAUGAGCUCACCCAAAAGAUAUGUCCCCGAACGGACAUAGAAGACCUCUUUAAGAAGAUCAAUGGAGACAAAACUGAUUAUUUAACGGUAGACCAAUUAGUGAGCUUUCUAAAUGAACAUCAACGAGAUCCUCGGCUCAAUGAAAUUUUAUUUCCCUUUUAUGACACAAAAAGAGCAAUGCAGAUAAUUGAAACUUAUGAGCCAGAUGAAGACUUGAAGAGUAAAGGUGUUAUAUCAAGUGAUGGGUUUUGCAGAUACUUGAUGUCAGAUGAAAAUGCCCCAGUUUUCCUAGACCGUUUGGAAUUAUAUCAAGAAAUGGACCAUCCUUUGGCUCAUUAUUUCAUCAGUUCCUCUCACAAUACCUAUUUAACAGGCAGGCAAUUUGGUGGCAAGUCUUCGGUGGAGAUGUACAGACAAGUGCUUUUGGCUGGAUGCAGGUGUGUUGAACUGGACUGUUGGGAUGGCAAAGGUGAAGAUCAGGAACCAAUAAUAACGCAUGGAAAAGCAAUGUGUACGGAUAUUCUGUUCAAG